UGCAACCGCGUCCGCGGUCCACGGUUCACGAUUUCCGGGCCUUGCCGGUUCUGUUUUUUCCCCGCUCGUCACAACGAAACAAAAAAAAGAAGAGAAGCAAGGACGAUAUCCGUUUUCCAGAAGGAGACGCGUGCUACCUGUGCGACGAGUGAAAGUGAUCGAUCGACAGUAUUCGCGAGAGGAAGUUGACGAGAAAAAUCAACGGUCGCUUUUCCGGUAGCAGCGUUUUCCCGCCACUUUUCGUCGCCGGUAAAAUGGCCGCGGUUACGAUACCAUCUUCUCCACGGAAUUCGGCGUUCGAAUCUCUCGUGCAGUGAGCCAGAACGAACGAGUAGAGGAUCCGAGCUGCAAGGAAAGAGAACAACGAGAACAGGUGAACGGCUUCGAGCUACUAUUUAUCAUGAGACACAUCGACCUCGCUGCGUGGACCGUUGUUCAGGAGGUGGUUGUCGUUUCGAUGGCAAGCCGGUAGGCUUUUUCGAGAAUUUUACCAGUCAUUCUGCGUUUCCUGGAGCUCGAGGAACGCGAUCAUGGAACUGGGAGUGCCGUACGAGCAGCUGAUCUGUAAAUGGUGAUGUGGUGAGAAAGAGUGCAAUGACAGUGGGAAACGAAGUCCAACUGUCGACGGAGCUGAUCACAGGGACGUCCUGAGGGAGCUCGGACGAAUGGGAGAGAGUAAAAUAUACGAUAAAGAGUGCAGUUUCGAAGUGCAAUAUCACGAGUAACCAGUGUGCAAUAAUAAACGUUCGACCGAGACUUUUCGUAAGAAAAGUGCGUGUCGAUCGUGUGCCUAUGUGUGUGUGCGUGUGAGACACCGAGAGAGACAGAAAGACACGGACCGUAAGAUAAGAUAGACGAGGAAGGAAGAUAAUGUAGAAUAAUCUAGUCAAAAGAUCGAACAAGGAACGAUAUUAUUUUUAACAGAAACGUUUUUCACCGGUUUGGACUCGAUCGAAGGCUACGAGCCAAUCACGACGCUGGAAAGAAAGAGAUAGAUGGACAGCGAAAACAUUAGCUCAGUGUGGUACGUACACCCUUGACGCCGUUUGUAACCGACAUGUUAUGUUUACAUCGUGCACGAAGUUAUCCAUAGUUCGAGUUCGGUUGUUCGCGGCGUAACACGUACGCCAUAUUUCGUGCGUUCGAUUACUGUUACUUUCGAUUAUACUUUCGAUUACGUUUUUUGGAACACAUGUAACGUAAAUAUUCCGUUUCCUCGAGUAGUGCGUUUUUCAAUUUUGAAAAUUCACAGUGCAAAAUGCGUGGGAAUGGGACAAAACUUUUUAUCGGAACACAAUAGUGAAUUAUUCGAAAAGUGUAUUGGUCGUUAUUUCUCACUACAAAGAGAAGAAGAGGAGGAGGAGGAGGAAGAAAAAGAAGAAGAAGAAAAAGAAAUAAGAAUAAGAAACUCGACGUUUUUCGAGCAUUGUACGUGGAUCGUGUUCAAUUUAGAAGAAAAUUUGGAAGGGAAAUUCGUACCGGCAGUGCGAUCAAGUGUUCGCAGUGACGUAAUAAGGAACCGUGGCGCCUCGGGACUAUUCUACGGUGCCGAACGUAUUUCUCGUUGACGAGAAUCGAGUGUUUGGACGCGGGAAAGCGAUUAAGUGACUGUAUUAGGUGUUCUAGUGAAAUAUGUAUCCGUGGUAUCGGGACAGCGUCGCGGCAGCGGCGGCAGCCGGCCUCGGUGGCCCCGUCGGAGUCGUCGGUUCCGGGUUCUGCUCCACCGGUCCAGGACAAGGCGGCACCACGAUCAAGACCGAGAGCGGAUAUUCGGAUUGUAUGCUGGCCCUGGACUACGUGCAGAGUAAAAAAGCCUCUUUCGCGUGGUCGGAGGGCGGCGAGGAGGGUGGUGGAGGCGGCGGAGGCGGCGGCGGAGGGGGUGGAGGAGGUGGAGGAGGAGGUGGGGGCGGAGGAGGUACGGCUGGAACCGGAACUGGGAACACGGGCCCAACAGCCAGCGGGGGCGGUGGAUUGGCCCAUUGGGUCAGCGUGAUGGCGGAGCACAUCCACAAUCCACACUCGGCCACCGGGGUGGCCGGUGUCCAUCAUCAGCAACAGUCACCCCCUCAACCACCCUAUCCGUGGAACAAUGGCCUCUCCGGUGAUCAAUGCAACCCCCAUGACAAGGAGAGCGACUAUUGGGGCGGCGGACGGGGCGCGAAACAAGGUUACGAGCACUUUCUGUUGCAGGCGAAAAUGAACGCGGACCACGGCCAAUUGCAGAAAGGUGACGAGCAAUACCGAGGCGCUGGAGGAUCCAGCAGCGGAAGUCCUCCAGCGAGUCUGCUGGUGGUUCCUCAGCCUUUGACCGUGAAACCGUCUCAUCCCUCGCACCUGAACCCCCACCUGGGUGGACCACACUCUCAUCCGCCGAGAAAGUACCAGUGCAAGAUGUGCCCACAGAUCUUCGGUAGCAAGGCGGACCUGCAGCUCCACACGCAGAUCCACAUGCGCGAGGCGAAGCCGUACAAAUGCACCCAGUGCUCGAAGGCGUUCGCGAACUCCUCGUACCUGUCCCAGCACACCAGGAUCCACCUGGGCAUCAAGCCGUACCGCUGCGAGAUUUGCCAGCGGAAGUUCACCCAACUGAGCCACCUACAGCAGCACAUCCGCACGCACACCGGUGACAAACCGUACAAGUGCCGGCAUCCAGGCUGCACCAAGGCGUUCAGCCAGCUGAGCAACUUGCAGAGCCACUCCCGCUGUCACCAGACCGACAAGCCGUACAAGUGUAACUCUUGCUACAAGUGCUUCUCCGACGAGCCCAGCUUGCUCGAGCACAUACCGAAGCACAAGGAAUCGAAGCACCUUAAGACGCACAUCUGCCAGUACUGCGGCAAGAGUUACACCCAGGAGACGUAUCUUGCAAAGCACAUGCAGAAACACGCGGAGAGGACGGACAAGAGACCUCCUAUAAUCGGGACGGGGCUGAGGCCGUCGAUCCACGCGAUGGCGGCCCAUCAUCAGGACCACUACUGGCCGAAAGUGAGCCCGGACUCGGUAAUCAGCGAUCUUCACGACCGGUUGCCCCAUCACCACACCGACUACCAUCAGAACCAGAACCCAGAGAUGCUGUUGCCCGGCCACGGCCACCGUGGCGAGUCGAUCGAGAACGAUUCCAGGCAACAGACACCUCAACCGGGCGCCAAUCACCACCCGAACAGCAGUUCGGCGUUCACGCCGAUCUCCUCCAUCUCGAUAAACUCGAUCUCCUCCAUGCAACACCCGUUGAACCCUCUCAACCACCUGCACUACCCGGCCAGCCAUCAUCCAGCCUCGAGGCCCUACCUCUACGAGGCGUUCAACUCGACGCAGAAAUCCUCCCCAGCGUCCUCAUCGUCCGGGGUCACGUCCGGCACGACCACCAAUCAGAACGCGACCUCGUUCCCCAAUCAAUUGAUCAGCCUCCACCAGAUCAGGAACUACGCGCAUCAACCUAACCUCGGCAACCUAGGCAAUUUAGGGAACCUAGGCAAUCUGAGCAAUCUCAGCAAUCUGAGCGCGACGAUGGAGAGUCACGCUCUCCUAGGCGGACUCAAGGAGAAGCAGUAACUCCGGCUGGUCUUGGAGAUUAGGAACAACAAAAAAAGGAGAAGAAGAAAAGAAAAGAAAAGAAAAAAAAAGAAAAAAAUCUAUAUCGCUAUUUCUCCUCGAUUUCUUUUUUUCUUUAUCCGCGUACACUUGGUGUUCCAUGUUCAUCCCCAUGUUCGUCCUGUCGUCUCCCCCCUCCCCCCAAGUUUUUCAAGAGAAAAACCUGCGCGAGGGGCCAGCCAACUCGAUCGACGCGUCUCAUCUACGGCGAGAAAAAAUUUUUUUUUUUUUCUCAUCCGCCGAUAGACGCGUCGAUCGAAUUCGCCGCUCCUCGUCGCCCCGUCUCUCUCUUCCCUCCGUUUUUGUAAAAAAGAUCCCGUAGAAAAUUGUGUGACCACUUUUUUUUAAAAAAAAAAAGAACCUUGUUGUUGUACGAUGCGUGCAAAAUCGUUCCUGUCUUUCCUUUCUCCGAGCUCGGGUGACCGAGGGUGGCCAAUCGCUCGAGGAUGAUCGUUAGGUUGAAAUUUUUACUUAGUUUUAAGUAAAGAGAUAAUUAAUGAAGGAUUUUUACGCGCGUUGUAUCCGUACACAUUCGUCAGUUGUACGUAUAAGAAGACACCCAGGUUUUCCUAUUUCGAUAGGAAAUUUUCUUUUAAACGAUUAUCUUUUUUUUUUUAUCAGUUAGCCAAUCUCUUACCAGUUAGUCAAAGAAAAAAAAACCCUUCUCUUUUCCGAAGAAUUCUAAACAAACGAGAACGAUCGUGUGGGGGGAAAAAGAAAAAAGAAAUCCUAUCGUUCCAUCCGGUGAAGUAUUAUUAAUCUUCUCGAAAAGCAUUCGCGAGACGAAUGCAAAUCGGCGACUUUUAAUCGCUCCAUUGCGACCGUGCAUCCAUGCAUGAAGAACGAAUAUUAGAAAGUAACCCUGUUCGGCGCGGUAUCGAUCACGGCUUCCCAUCGAUCCAUCGUGAAUCGGCAGGAUCGAUCGAGCCUCCCCAGUGUAACCGGCCGUUUAGCCUGAUUAACUUUCACGUUCGUGAAGUUAGAUAGAAAGUAGCUUGGAAAGAUAAUCGACGGGCGUGUUUCUCGAUGUCCUCGGCGAAUAGUCACCCAGACAGGGAUCCAUGCUGGCACAGAAAUCCUGACGCAUUUCCUAGUGAAACUAUUUUCGAGGGACGUCCCACCCGAGUUCCAACCGAACACUUUUCCUCCUCCCUUCGAAAUUCAUCCAUGAAAGGUCUCCUUGGGGUGCGAAUAUACAUAUAUAUAUAUAUAUACAUAUAUAUAUUUCAGAGAGUAAAACUCUCGGGAAAGUUGAGAUUAUUUUUCGCAAGUAAGAAAAAAGUACGCCAAGAGUGAUUUUGUUCCAACGAUAAUUUUUAUUCUCGUCCUGAAAAUUCUAGUUGGCGAAAAAUAAUUCUCGCGCCCCAAGGAUGCGUUAACGAUAAUUUUUCCUUCAAGGUAAUUAUUCCUCUUGUAUUUUUUUCUUUAUCUUUUUUCCACUUCUUUUUUUUUCUUUCUGGUAUACUUGAUGACUCGGUGGUCCCAUCGACGAUCAUGCAAUCUGGUGUCAAUGAAAUUUUUAACUCGAUUGGCGCGUAUCUGUCUCUCUGGCGCGUACGUACAAUUUUCGUUUACGAUUUUUUUCUUUUUCUUCUGUGUUAAAGAUCCGUGGAAUUUUGAUUUAAUUUUCAUGGAUUUCGUUAUCACGACGACUCGUAGUGGUAUUUUUGGUGUUUUAUCACUUUGGGGCAAGCGACUUUGCUGGUUAGCCUCGUUACACGUACGUGAUACGUGUGUAAAAUAUCUCCGUGAUACCACUGCUUUUGACCCUUUUCCUCUAUAUUCCAUAUACGGUAGAAUGUAUUGGCUUGCGUUAUUGGCUUAAAUUACAAAGCUGUCGUAUAACUUUAUUAUCUCUAUUGAAAUAUUAUAUUUCGAAAAGUACUCUUCUUCCAAAAUUCCAACUGGCCAACAGAACGCGAGGAGUCGCGAUCAUAAACAAACUACAAGAAUCCAAUCGCAAACCAAUGAAUUAAACGAGUUAAUAGCUCUCGAGAGCGACGAUGUUUUUACGUUCUGUAUUAAAAAGAAAUUGAUUUAAAUUAUAAGGUCGUAAAGUUCCCUUGAUUACCGGUGGAGAAACGAAAGAAAAGCGGGGGAGGGGGGGGAAAUCUGUAUAACCGACGAGAAUCGAUGGGACCGCCGACAAUUCCGUUCUUUUCGCUUUUCUGCCUCCCAGGAGCAUCGUACGUAAGAGGGAAUAGCAAAGCCAGGAGAAAUCGUGUCGUGGAGUAGAGCUAUUUUCCAAGGGGUGGCUCACCCCCUGAAACCGGUGCAAGGGGGUGGGCAUACCUUUCUGGGUCGAGUGGACGUUUCGCUCGCAACGGGAUAAUUAACGAAGCGAAUGUGUGUAUGUGUGUCUGAGAAAGCCGGAAACUCUGCUGUGUGGUGUGUGUGUGUGGUGUCUGUGUGUAUGUGUGUUUAUGUGCGCGCGUGUCUGCGUGUAUAUGUAUGUAUGUAUGAGCGGGUGGAAGAGGGGUAAAAAAAAAAGAAAAAAGAGGGAGAGAAGAAAAUGGGAGUCUAAGCAUCACACGCACUUUUUAAAAAAAUAAAUAAAUAAAUAAAUAAAUAAAAUAGGAGUUACACACGUACACACAUCGAGGGCACAAAUCGUGUGAAUACCUUUGAGGACGAAAGGAGAAGAGGAGUGUAUCAGAGAGAGAAAGAGAGAGGGUGCAAGAGAGAGAGAGAGAGAGAGAGACUUAGAAUAGAAUUGACGACAGUGCCACGAAAUAAUUAAAUGUGAAAGUAACGGAGAUAAUAGAGAAUAUAAAAAAAAAGAGAAAAGGAACGAGGAGUAGUGUGUGUGAGAGAGAGAAAGAGAGGAAAGAUUGAAAACGCGAGCAACUACACAGGCGCACAGAGAAAGAAAGAAAUAACGAAAGAGAGAGAGAGAAAGAAAGAGAGAGAAAGAAAGAGAGAACGAUACGGAGAACCUCCUUGUAUAUAGUUAUUAUAUAAAUAUAUAAAUAUAUAUAUAUAUAUAUAUAAAUAAAUGAAUAAAUAAAUAUUAUAUAUUAUUAUUAUUAAUUGAUUAAUUAAUUAAUUGAUCGAUAUUCGGUAGGUGCAUAAGGGGAAAAAAAAAGAGAGGAAGAGGAUAUAGACUCUACUGAAGAUAUUCUAAGUACCUUGUCUAACGAGAAAACAGCGAAAAAGAGAACGAGAGAGUGUGUGUGCGCGUAUGUACGUAUGCGUGUGUGUUAUGCUAGGGAUGAUCGCGUGUAUGAGAGAAAAAAAAAAGAGAGAGAAUGGAAAAAGAGAAGAGAGAGAACGAAUGGAGAAAAGGGAGGGAAAAGAAGUAAGCAAUCGUUGCCCAAAGUUAUUUACGAUAAUUUUUCUUUCUCUUAAGAGCGCGUUUCCGUUCCGUACGUAUUCGCGGUUACGACCAACCUCGACGAUCGGUCUUCCUUCGUUUUUUUCUUGUUUCUUCACCCAGUUUUUUUUUUCUUUUCCUUUCAUUUCGACAGUCUAUAUAAUAAUGUAAAAUAAAGCGCGAUCGUCGAGGUCGAUCGAACGAGCUAUUUAGAAAAAUUCGAGGCGUGAGAAAAUUCGCCGGCGUAGCGAAGAAAAAAAAAGGAAAAAAAAAAAAAAGAAAAGAGAGAAGAAGAACACUGUGUACUAUAGAUAAUUUCUUGUUACGGCGCCGCCAGUGUUUCGUUUCGUGACUCUUCCUCUUAAUCGGUCUUAAUCGAUCCGCGAGGUACCAGGGUUUAUGAAAAGAUUUUUUUCUUUUUAUUUUUACCAUAUUUUCAAACAAUCUAACAGAACCUACUAUUUUUUUAAUUUCUCCCAAUUUUUCUUUAAACGUGAACUUAACUCGAACCGCUCGUUCCUCCUUCCGACGAAAAAAAAACGAAAGAAUUAUUCUUGUUCAUCUCCGUCCAUCCUCCAGUUCGAUGGACGAAAAACAAAAAACGAAAUACAAAAUUUCCUGCCCCCCUUCUCUCCCCGCUUCUUCCUCUCAUCUCCUCUUCUCCCUCCUUCUCGAAGAGAGGCGAGGAAACGAACACGAAACGCGACACGAUCGGCGCCCCACCUCUAUGCUCAAGUUGUUUAAAAACUAAUUAGUUUGUUAACUAAGAAAAACGAGCGAGUGACCAAGAGCGAUCGAUACGAUGUACGAAAGUAUUGAUAGGGAGAGUGCGUGAAGAGGAGAAAACGAGGAAAGAGUUUUUAGUUUAAUAAUUUCGCGUGGAAAGGACACACAGCCCGAUCGCGGUUUCAGGCACUUUCGUCUCGUUCGUCGACUCGUGUUUUCCCCGUCCUCGGUCUAGCGUGAGAUCGUUAGAUCGAUCGAGGAUGCGAUCCAAAUGCGUAGAACGCGAGAAAUGGAACAGGAGGCGGGGGAACGUCGCGUCACGGGGUGAAUAGCGCACGAAGAAAAUCGAAUAGAAAGGGAAGAAGGGGACGGUGUAUUUCGGGCAAUAAUAAAUAUCGAGGAAGAAAAGAAAACGAAGGCGAUCGUUUUUUUUUUUUUCGUUGAUAAUAAAAUUGAACACAGGGGGGGUGGGGGUGGGGACACGGGGCGAGAGUGGUGGAAUUUGUUUUUUUUUUCACGGGGGUGUGAGUGGUUGUAAAACGAGCGUCGUUGUCAGGUCCCCCCGCGCUUUAAUUGUGAUCUUAUUUUUUUUUUUCUGUCUAUCCUUUAGUUUCCAUUUGAUGAUUAUUUUAUUAUUAUUUUAUUAAUAUUAUUAUUAAUAUUAUUAUUAUUAUUAUUAUUAUUAUUAUUAUUAUUAUUAUUAUUAUUAUAAUUAUGAUUUCGUUUAAUAAACUGUCACGUUAAAAGAACACCGCACUCUAACUUGUGGAAGGAUGAGAAACGCGCUGAAGGAUGAGAGACGCGUUUUUCUCUCUUCCGUCACCGUUAUCAUCUCAGUUCCAUCCACCAUGAGUGAACGCCACCCCCUUCAAUUCGAGAACCCUCUCUCCUUUCUCUUCUCUUCACGUCGAACGAUGCAAAUCGUGAAGGAAUUCCUGUAUCCUUGUAACUUUACGUUUUUUUUUUUUUUUUGUAUUGUAUAUUUCUUUACAGAACAAAGGUUCUUCCGUUUAUUUCAACACACGCAAACACAUGUUUCUCGAAUAUAAAGUGACAGCGAUUGUAAUUUGAUUUUAGAGAUUAAAGUAGUAGGGGAGGUGGUUUCUUUUUUUUUGUUGCAGAAGAACCUUCGUGCAAAAUCUUUUUCUCCUUCGUCUUCCAUGAUAGAUUUUUCCAAUUUGUUUUUUCUUUAUUAUUAUUAUUACUAUUAUUAUUAUUAUUAUUACUAUUAUUAUUAUUAUUAUUAUUAUUAUUAUUAUGAUUAUUAUUAUUAUUAUUAUUAUUAUUGUGUACUUACCACGUUUACUUUCUUUUAUAUUAUUUUUUUCUUUUUCUUUCUUUUUUUUUAUCCCACAAAAUUCGCAGUAAGAUGCCGUCCAUUAUGCUUUCGGAAACUAACGAAGACUACCAAGGGAUGCGGAGGAUCGAUCGUUUACGAGCGCAACUUCCUCACCUCGUUGGCUUCGAGUCAAUGGCGAAAGGAAUUCCGUUUUUGCGUCAUCGUGUGUUGCACCGCGCGGAUUUUUCUAUCGCGAAUCACGUGAAACAUUCCAUGGUUACGAUGAAAUUUAUAGAUGAUUACGAAAAACUCUAAUUCUCGAUCGUUCUUUCACACUCCUCCAAUAGAAAGAAUUAUUUUCAUAAACGCUGUCAACGUAAUUAAUGUUUCUCGAAAUAUUUUGCGAGAUUUUAAUCGACAAUUGUUAUUAGAUCCUCGACGAGUUUGGCGAAUAAGAGUUUCUCCUUCGAAUUCAGAUAACGAUGAUAUUGGAUUCUGUAUCUGUUGUUGUACCAUUUGAAAAUUUUAACAAAUGGAACGUGUUUUUAAUAUUUGUAGAAUGCUUUUUCUCUCGAAGAACGAUCGAGAAUUCGCAACGAAUACAAUAUGUUUCUCGCUUAUAGAACCAUCGAUCCUUUUGAUCCCCGAAUAAUUAGUUCCUUUAAAAAAAGAAGAAAAAAAAAAAGAAAUUCAUUAAUUUUCCGGCAAAAAAGAAAAAAAUUGAUCGAGACAAAAUAUAUAUACGCGAAUCCGAAAAGAACGGAUAAAGAGGAACGCUUGCGGUCUUUCGACCAAAUGAACAAAUUAUCGUUGAUUGAUCGAUGAUAAAAAAAAAAAAAAAAAAAAAAAAAAGAAGAGAAAGAAAAUUGCAAGCAUUCAUAAUUUUCUUUUCUAUCGUACGCUAUAGAGGUUCGUAUUGAUCGAAAUAUAUUUAUGAUUCCACUUAUGGGUCCCUUUAACCCUGAAACGUAAAUUCAAUUCGAUCUUUCGACGUUUUCGCCGUUCGUGCACGCGAUUUCGUGAAAAAUUGCUAGAGUGAUAUACAACGGAUAUAUUUAAUCUUCUCUCGAUUGUGAUAAUAAUUUUUUGAC